CACAAGAAUAUCUAGGACUACACAUAUCACGAUGAUGAAUCUUUCCUGUCUCGUCUGACAAUAAUGGGUUAUGAGAACAGAACUACUGUCACAGAAUUCAUACUUGCUGGGUUAACAGAAAGCUCAGACUUUAAAUGUACUUUAUUUGUCUUGUUCUUCAUCAUUUACACACUGACUCUGGUGCAGAACUCAGCACUCAUUGCACUAAUCAGCUGGAAUGCUCAGCUCUGCACUCCUAUGUACAUUUUCCUGCGCCAGCUAUCUUUCAUUGACAUCUGCUAUUCUUCAUCUGUCACAAUUAAGAUGCUGAUGGACUUUGUGUCUGAUAAAACUUCCAUCUCAGUAACAGGAUGCGGCCUUCAGAUGCUUUCCUAUGCUGGAUUUGGAGGAAGUGAAUGUCUUCUCCUGGCAGCCAUGUCCUAUGACAGAUAUGUGGCAAUUUGCCACCCACUGACAUAUCUACAAAUAAUAAAUAAGCGGACUCUUAUAAUUCUAUUUGUAGUCUCCUAUCUUGGUGGCUUUAUUAAUGGCUUUGUUCAGACCGGGUUCUCAUUCUUCCACCUGGAUUUCUGUGAGAAUCAGCAGCUCAUUCACCAUUUUUACUGUGAUGUCAUAGCGCUAAUUGAAAUUUCUUGUGGUGACACAAGUUUAAAUCAAACGAUGCUCUUCUCUUUAGUGGGGUUCAUUGAGCUCUCAUCUCUCUUUCUAAUCUUGGUUUCUUAUAUGUAUAUAAUCUCAGCUGUUCUGCAAAUCCGUUCCUUUACAGGGCGUAGGAAAGCAUUCUCUACCUGCGCAUCCCAUCUCACUGUUGUGACUCUAUUUUAUGGAACAAUUAUAUUUAUGUACUUGAGACCUUCAUCUACCUACAGCCCAAACCAAGACAAGGUUAUUGCUGUCUUUUACACAGUAAUCAUCCCUUUCCUCAACCCUUUAAUAUACAGCCUCAGGAACCGGGAGGUAAAAGACUCAGUCAGGAAGAUUGGUUUUUGCAUUAUUCAGACAUUUGGAAGUGUAGCAUUGUUGUGA